AAUUAACAUAACUAACUUAAUAGCCUUUUGACCAAAAAAAAAAACUAACCUAAUAGCCAAAAUGGCUCUCUCAUUCCCCAACUCACUUUCAUCUCAUCUUGCCACUCAGGUAGACAGUCUUUCAAGUUUUUGUAAAGUUAAAAGAAGGAAAUGAUGUACGAAAAGGUGAGAGCUAUUGGUGGUGAGAUGGGAGGAGCAUUCGACGAUGGCGUUUUCGACGGUGUGAAGAAAAUAACUGUCGCAAAAGAGGCAGGUCAUGAGAGUGUAUCAUAUAUCAAAAUCGAAUAUGAAAAGGAUGGGAAAUUUGAAACUCGUGAACACGGGACGAUCCGUGGGGAACUACAAGAGUUUUCGGUGGAUGAUUAUCCAAACGAAUAUAUCACAGCCGUUGGUGGAGGCUACAUAAAUGUUUCCGGCUAUGAAACAGUGCUGAUCAAAUCGUUGUUCUUCAAAACCAGCUAUGGAAGAACAUCUCGGGUACUCGGUGGGAAAAAUUCUGGAAAACCAGCUGGGAAAGAGUUUAUGUUGGAGGGUAAAAAUGGAGGAAGGCUUCUUGGAUUCCAUGGACGCUCUGGUCAAGCUCUUGAUGGCAUUGGAGCUUACUUCUUCGCUGUAAAUCCUCCUCUUAAGCACUUUAACCUUCAAGGUGGGAAUGGAGGGAGAGCUUGGGACGAUGGUGCUUACGAUGGUGUUAGAAAAAUACUCGUUGGACGAGGUGGUAAGUUUGUGAGUUACGUUAGGUUUGAGUAUGCAAAAGGCAAAAGAAUGGUACCACAUGAUCAUGGGAUAAGACAAGAGGUUCCACAGGAGUUUCUGGUGAAGUAUCCGGUUGAACAUAUUACGGUAGUGGAGGGAACCAUCGAUGGUGGUUGCUUAACAUCCCUUAGGUUUAAGACAUCAAAAGGAAGGACCUCUCCUGCUUUUGGGAAUGUUGUUGGUAAGAAAUUUGUAUUCGAGGAAAUAGAUUCCAAGCUUGUUGGGUUUUGUGGUCGGUCCGGUUAUGCUAUUGAUGCCCUUGGUGCACAUUUCGGCCCUCUUCCGGCUCCAACUCCAGCUCCAACUCCAGCUCCCGCUACCAGAAAGGCGGGAUCGCUCGGUGGUAUCAAGCAGAGCCAAGCUUCUUGGAUUCCAUGGACGUGGUGGUAGUACUAUUGAUGCCAUUGGGGAUCACUUUGGUGGAUCCCAAGAUCGUUGAGGUGAUGGAUGAGCUUGAGGAUAUAAAGCUGGUGAUGUGGUUUAUAAGAUCAGUUACAAACUUACUCUUUAGUUUCCUUUUUCUCUUUGAUUCCGUUAAAUAAGGUCACUGAGAGUUCGCUUUUACCAUGUUUGUGUGUGUUUUACUACUGUUAAUGCUUUAUCCCAUCAUGUGGUGUUCAGAUGCCUUGAUAAAGGAUGAUGUGUGUUGUCACUUGUAAGACUGUUUAAUAAAUGACGUUUUCCUUUCAAUCUGUUUUAAGAUUUUGGUAAAUUUUUGUGUUAUGG